AUGGGAAGAUAUUCUGUUAAAAGAUACAAGACGAAAAGAAGAACAAAGGACUUGGACCUGAUUUAUAACGAACUGGCGUCCAAGGAUAAAAUACAACAACUGUUGAAUCAGCCACUUGAUGAAACGAAACCAGGUCUGGGUCAACACUACUGUAUUCAUUGUGCUAAAUAUUUGGAAACUGCCAUUGCUUUGAAAACGCAUUUGAAAUCAAAAAGACAUAAAAGAAGAGUUAGCGAGCUGAAGGGCGUUCCCUACACGCAAGAAACUUCUGAUGCUGCUGCAGGCUAUAACUUGAACAAAUUCUUAAAUCGUGUCGAGCAGAUCAAGGGAGCUGUCGGUGCAGAGAAGGAAAACAAUGAACAACUUCUAAAAGAACAUCUCGAUAAGAACCUCGAAAACGUUUCCACAACGGAACCUACAUUACCUUGGGCCAAUGAAGAACCAAGCGAAGUUAAUGGGGAUGAAAAUGAAGUUAUUAUGGGUUAA